CAUAACCCAGAAAAUAGUUUUUCCCAAAAAUUGAAAACAGUAAAAAGAAAGAAAGAAAAUCCAUAGUAUAACAUUACCGGCAAGCUUCUAAUCUGACUGAAUUCCAGCAGCAUCCAAAGACUUCAAAACCUCGCAACGUAACAAACAGCCAGUGGGGUUGACAUUGAUGAAAUGGGGUACGCCAUGAGUAGGCUGGAGAUAGAAUCUGAGUUGUUUGAUGGUAGUAAGGUCACCAAUGAAGCUGGUAGCAGUACUAGGUCCAACAAACCAUUGCAUAAUGUAGACCACGAGAUUGCCCAGCUUACAAACCUCAGAUCAGGGCCUCAUGAACGACUACGUCAACUCAUGCCGGGAAAGCAGCAAUUACCUGUUUCCCCAGUGAAGAUGUUGGCAGGUCGAGAAGGUAAUUAUUCAGGAAGAGGAAGAUUCUCUUCGGCAGAUCGUUGUCAUAUGCUUAGCAGAUAUUUGCCAGUAAAUGGUCCUUGGCUUGUGGACCAGAUGACCAGCCGGGCCUAUGUUUCUCAAUUUUCAGCUGAUGGUUCUCUAUUUGUUGCUGGCUUUCAGGGAAGCGAUAUUAGAAUAUACAAUGUGGAUAGAGGCUGGAAAGUUCAGAAGAACAUUCUUGCCAAAAGUUUGCGUUGGACAGUUACUGACACAUCCCUUUCUCCAGAUCAGCGCUAUCUUGUUUAUGCCAGCAUGUCACCUAUAGUCCACAUUGUUAAUGUUGGGUCUGCUACCACAGAAUCCCUCUCAAAAAUCACGGAGAUCCAUGAAGGAUUGGACUUUUCUGCUGCUGAUGAUGGAGGGUAUCCUUUUGGCAUAUUUUCCGUGAAAUUUUCAACUGAUGGACGAGAACUUGUUGCUGGAAGCAAUGACAACUCAAUAUAUGUUUAUGAUCUGGAAGCAAACAAGCUUUCCCUUCGAAUUGUAGCACACACAGCUGAUGUUAAUACUGUCACCUUUGCUGAUGAAAGUGGCAAUCUGAUAUAUUCUGGAAGUGAUGAUAGUCUCUGCAAGGUGUGGGAUAGACGAUGCUUCAUUGCAAAAGAUACACCAGCAGGGGUCUUGAUGGGACACCUGGAAGGUAUUACAUUUCUUGACAGUCGUGGAGAUGGUCGUUAUUUUAUAUCAAAUGGUAAAGAUCAAACUAUCAAGCUUUGGGAUAUCAGGAAAAUGUCGUCUAAUACCUCUUGCAAUGUAGGGUUUAGGAGUUACGAAUGGGAUUACAGAUGGAUGGACUAUCCACCACAGGCUAGAGAUCUGAAACACCCAUGUGAUCAAUCAGUGGCCACUUACAAAGGUCACUCAGUUUUGCGUACUCUUAUUCGCUGUUACUUUUCCCCAGAAUACAGCACGGGUCAAAAGUACAUUUACACUGGAUCUCAUGAUUCCUGUGUUUAUAUCUAUGAUGUGGUAACCGGAGCCCAAGUUGCGGUACUCAAGCACCAUACAUCACCGGUAAGAGACUGUAGUUGGCACCCAUACUACCCCAUGCUAGUUAGCUCUUCUUGGGAUGGGGAUGUGGUAAAGUGGGGAUUCUCUGGUAACGGAGAAGCACCCGCCCCAAUGAGUAACAUGAGAAUCCGGAGGAGAUAUUACUAUUGAAGGCCACUUAUAACAUCUGUAAGCUAUAUAUUUAUAUUACUAUUAUAUGAUAUGAUAAUCUGUAUGUCGUUUAUGUAGCAGGCCCUGUUAUUUUGCAUUAUGAAAUAAGGUGCAAUUGUUUAACAACAUUAAUGCACUUGCACAUAUAAAAAUUUUUUGCUGUACAUAAAUAAACAAUGUAACUCCAUAUGUUUGUUCA